AUGACCAACAAUAGAUACUAUACAAAUUCUUUACGGAUUCCCUCAAGUAAAAAUAUUCAUCGCUACAGUUAUUCAAUUAUAUUUUUCUUUUUACUAUUGUUUUUUGUAAAUGUUUCCAAUGAAAUGAGUUUUAAAAUUAAGAGGAAUAUAAAUAUGAAAAACAACAAUGGAGAAAUUAACAAAUUUAAAGCUGAACUACUACGUUCUAUUCAAAAACGAUGGGUUCCUCUAAUCGAAGAGUUAAAAGAGGCUAAUGAACAAUAUCCAUUUUUGGGGCUUGUUGAUAGUCCCACAAACAAACGAGAAGUUAGUGAAAGUGAAUUAAAUUCUCUUUUAAAAAAUGCUUGGCUUGGACGGCGAAGAUAA